GAUAGAAUAGCGGUGGCACAAGAAACAUUCGACUACGAUAUGGCAGAAGCGACUGGAGAAACUCCGUCGGAAACAGCACUCCCGGAGGACAUAGUACUGCAAGAGAAAGUGGAAAGUCCUCCAGCCAGUUCCACCGCACCGGGAACUACUAACGAUUUAUCCAACGGGGAGACGGCGAACAAUAGUUCUUCGGCCGAUGGAUUCAUCUGUGGCGUUGUGGAGGGCUUCUAUGGGCGACCGUGGACGACGGAGCAGCGGAAAGACUUAUUCCGCAAGCUGAAGCAAUGGGGCAUGGAUUCGUACAUUUACGCCCCGAAGGACGACUACAAACACCGGGCGUACUGGCGAGAACUGUACACCGUCGAGGAAGCGGAUCACUUGACCGGGCUGAUAACGGCGGCACACGAGCAGGGUAUUAACUUUUACUAUGCCCUCUCACCGGGACUCGAUAUCACGUACAGCAGCUCGAAAGAGGUGGCUACCUUAAAGCGAAAGCUUGACCAAGUGUCGCAGUUCGGGUGCAAAGCGUUUGCGCUGUUGUUCGAUGACAUCGAGCCGGAAAUGUCCAAACCCGACAAGGAAGUGUUCCAAAGCUUUGCCUACGCGCAAGUAUCAGUGACGAAUGAGAUAUAUAACCACCUAAACUGCCCCCGCUUCCUUUUCUGCCCGACGCAAUACUGCAGCUCGCGAGCCGUGCCAACGGUCAAGCAGUCGGAAUAUUUGAAUACGCUUGGCUCAAAACUGGUAAAAGCCAUCGACGUGCUGUGGACCGGCCCGAAGGUGAUCUCGAAGCUGCUGACGGUCGAAUGCAUCGAGGAAAUCACGGACGUGCUCAAACGGCCACCGGUAAUCUGGGACAAUUUGCACGCGAACGACUACGAUCAAAAGCGCGUAUUCCUCGGCCCGUAUUCUGGCCGGUCGCCGGAACUUAUUCCACUGCUCCGAGGCGUUGUUACCAAUCCCAACUGUGAAUUCCACGCUAACGCGAUCGCCAUUCAAACGCUCGCCUUCUGGAGCAAAUGUAGUGCGGAUACAAAAAUAUCGAGCUCCAUCUCGUCCGAUAUCAAGCUGGAAACGGAAAACGAGCAGGGAAUCUGUGAGGGCGAUGCACCGGCAUUUCUUUCCGAAAACGUCUACCAUCCGCGACUAGCACUGAAGAACGCAAUCGCCAACUGGCUGCCGGAGUUUUUCGAGGAAAAGGAAGCCUGGGGUCCGAUUACUAAACCUCAGCCUGCUGUAACUAUGGUAAUGCCCAUAAUUCCUAUUAUACCAUCGGUGAACACCUGCAUGACACUGACAUCGACCAGCACGACAACAACGACCACCUCCACCGUCCUCCCGAUGCCAGAGGUAAACCCAACCCAGCUGCAAAUGUUCGCCGAGGUUUGCAGUACCGUGACGAACGUGGCUGAAGCGCUACCCAACCCCAUCAUGAACUCGCUCGUAUCGGCCACAAAGGUGGUCACUAAUGAAUCUCUGCCGAAUCCCGUUGCGGCCGCGGUCAACAAUAUGGCCAUCCCAUCGACGAUUCCCAUCUCCAGCAUUCCGGUGCCGAUGCUGAACAUGAAAUCGUCGGACAACGACGAUGAGCUUCCGGCGUGCGUAGAUGCUUCCAGUGGGGAUGAUAUGGAUAAGCAUUCUAGCCCACCGGUUGAAGCACGAACCGAAACGAAUGACGCACCCGGAACGGCCUCACCACUCGAGGGCGACGCGGUGAUAGCAGAUGGGACGGAAGUAACACCGCUGGAGGAAACGAAUCAUCAAUCGAUGCCCGGGGGCGGUUCGGAACAGGAAUCGAAAAUGCUAGAACUGGACGACAAUGAAGUGAAGAUGGUCGAUGCCAGCGAGGAACCGGAAGGGGAUGAUAAGAUGAUGACCGUGAGCGAGGAGCUGAUACCGGUUGGGUCACUUCAGCAGCCCCCGGGGGAUCAGAUGGUGGAGGAGGACGAUAAAACCGACGUUGUGUUCAGCUCGGCCAGCCCACCGGCGGCACCGGUUAUUCCGGAGCCGAUGGAGUGCGGGAGCAAUCUGACCUCGCCAAAGCAUCAGCUAAAAACGCACUUUGAUGAUAUUAUAAUGUCUGAAACCACGUCUACAUGCUCGGGAACAAUGCAGGUUGAAAGCUCCGAUACAUCACUCGAAAUGGCAGAAGACAAAAAUUCUCAAGAAAAGGAUAUAACUGCCGCUGAUCUUAUGCUGCUCUGUGAUCUCUUUUACCUGCCGUUUGAGCACGGCUCGAAGGCCCUCCAGCUGCUGGCCGAAUUUUUCUGGCUUCGAAACAACGCCUACGUUCUGUCCCAGCGCAGCAACAAGUCGCGGGCAGGAAAGCAGCGGACUGCGAGUGGAACGAGCAUGAGCAGUUUGGUGGGGGUCGGCGGAACUCAUCCCGGCCCUAGCAACGCCCCUUCGGCCGAUGACAUCUCCGAGGGCCCGAGCGAAGGAGGACCGGUGCUGGAGGGACGAGAUUUAAACAAAUGUGAUGCCCAGGAAUGGUUCCGCCGGUCGGCGUCGUUUCAGAGCCUGUGUCAAAAUAUCUUUCAGCUGACGAAAAAGAUUGCCCGUUGCGCCAACAAAGAAAUGUGCUACGAUCUGUUUUCGUACGUUUGGGACAUUGCCGGUGUGCUGUCGUUGCUGAGCGCGUUCGUGAAGUGGCUUGCCAUGGGGAACUUUCCGGCCAACAUCAAUUCCAACACCCAGGGCGGAUACACAUGGUUCAGCAAAGGUUGGAAGGAAACGUUCAUGUCGGGUGAUCAGGAACCGUGGGUAUUUCGGGGUGGUUUAGUGGCCGACCUUCAGCGCCUGAUCCCGCUCGAUGCCGGUAACGAUCUAUUCCUUUACAAGACACCCGAAACGUCCGCCGUGAACGUGUACACCAUGCGACCGUACACGUUCAGCGAUGAGGCGGCACUGUACGAGAUUUGUCACCGCACGGCACAGGACGGAGACGCGCUGCAGGAUCGGCCGACCGAAAGCCAGCUCGAGCAACUGAUAGCUGACCGUUACCUGGGUCCGUUCCUUACGAUGGCACCCGAGUUUUGCAUGGUGAUCGAGGAUCACAAUGAGCAGCUGGUUGGGUACGCGUGCGCCGCCCUCGACACGAAGACGUUCAUCCGCAACAUGGAACAGUGCUGGAUACCGGAGAUGUGCCUCAAGUAUCCACUGUCUCUGGUGCCCGCGCCCGGGUGUUCCGAAUCCGAAAACAAUGAAACCGACUCGAGAGAGGUCCCAUCGACCGGCGCCGGGGGACGGGCGGCCCAAAUGGUGCGUGAUAGUAUUCACUACUUCCACAACUUCCAGAACGACUACCCGGCGGCCGUGCUGAGCAAACAUCCUUCACUCCUGUGCUGCCGCAUCCUGAAGGAGUAUCUCCUGGAGGACGAAACCGUUAGCAAGCGGGUCGUGACGGUACUGCUGGCAGCUCUGCGUUGCUGUGGCACCACGGGUGGCGUUCACGUGUGCAUCAACCGGAACGAUCGGUUUCUAUUCCAGUUUUACGCGAAACUGGGCUUCGUGGAAAUACCGCACACCGAAACCGACACGAGCAUGUAUUUGGGGAGAAACUUUUGAAAACGCAUCCCAAGCCAACCGUUCGGGCCAACGUCUCACGUGUCCGUCCGAUGAUACCCAGGUUCGUUUGCACCGAACGACGCGAUGCGUUGUAUUGGUCCACGCAAACACCGUCUCUCGCAAUAAGUCCUUCGUGGACGCACAGGAAAAAAACGGUCUUGAGGAAACAUGUUUUCUUUGGCAAAUGCUGAACAAAUUUAAUGUGCAAGUUCGCGUGGCGUAUUAAUAUAGCUUAUCAAAUGAAUAAAAUACACAUACCGUGAAGUGUAAA